AUGAAUGAUCCAGAUGAUGUAAUUCAAAAUACCACGCCGAUCACCAGCAAUUUCACGGUCAAUUCAGAAGGUGUUGAACAGACGAAGGAGAAAGAUGAGCUCAACAACACGUUAAACAAUGAUGAUGCUUUGAAAAAUCAGCUACUCAUGCUCAUAUCAACCAGCGCCUUCCACUUAUUUUGUGCAGCCGCAACCUUAUCCAUGGGCAAUACUGAAAAUGAGCAAUUUCCUACUGCAACGACGACGAGCACACUCACAGCAAAAAAUCAGGGAUUCGCGGAAAUCGGGGGUGGGCCGAUUCGAAAAAUUGCUGGCACCCGGGAAGCUAGGUUCGCGAUUCUCGGUAACGAGGAAGUAGCGUCACCAGAAGAUGUGCUCAAUGUUGAAUUCAACCUCGAGAAUCUGCAAACGAUAUUUGUUGACGAAAAAAACGGCAUAAAAUUUCUUGCCCGUUACGGCCUUAUUCCGAAUUCGAGGGUGUGUCAUAUGCCAGAAUGUCCUAAAGACAAAUUGAUGUGUCUUAUUAAGCACUCAAAGGGUUUCGUGUGGAGAUGUAGAUGGUGUCGAAAUGGCCAUGAAACAAGUAAGAUCACAAAGGCAACGGUCUACAAGGGCACAGUUUUCUACAAACUGAGAGUUCCCGUUUGCAAAUUAAUGGGGAAGCAAAAAUUGGAUGAGGAAGCUAUCUACAACAUUAUUGCAUUGAUAUACGAAAUUAUUCAAAAAUGGUGUGAGAGGGAAAUUGCUGAAGAUGCGAAAAUUGGUGGUACUGGUAAACAUAUCGAAAUCCUCGAGACAGUGUGUAUCGAGAAUCUGUCAAGCGAGAUUAAAAGCAGCGGAAUUCGACAUUAUAUUGAUCGGACGGUUUUCCUGUGUCUCGAGGAUAAUACGCUUGCCUACGUGAACUACAAGCUUCUCGAUGAAAUUCUCGGCAACCAAUAUACAUUGUCGACCAUUGCUGAAGCAUGGCUUCAAUUUGACGCUCAAGAAUGCGAAAGACAACUCAUUAAAAAGCUAUUGUACAACAUUAUUGUGCCGAUUGUGUUGGUCAUUCUGGUGCUCAAGGUGUUCUCUAUUGUAGUCUUCAUUCUGUUCUCCACUGAGGACUUCAUUCUGGUCAACAUUCCGGUCAACAUUCCGGUCUCCAUUCCGGUCUCCAUUCCGGUCUCCAUUCCGGUCACCAUUUGGGUCACUAUUCUGGUUAUCAUGCUGAUCUCCAUUUUGAUCACCAAUCUGAGGCGCACCAAUGUGCCUUUUACGGCGAAUAUUCUGACUACGUCUCAGAAACACAGCGAUUUGUAUGUUCAUAUAUAUGGUGAGUUCGCCGUUUCGGAUCUUAUUGACGUGUCUAUUAUUGUUCAAGCGCACGAAAUAUUGUGUGCCACCGCUGAUUCGGUCUAG